AUGCCUUCUCAAGGAUGUCAAAACCUCUCCCAGUCAUCUCCUUUGUGUCUCCCUUUGCUCAAAUUUUCCUAUGCUACUGUAUCUAAUGAAAGCAUCGCUCCCAUCCCAUGGAUCCAUCUCUCCAGCAAGGAUGCCCUCUUUGCCAUCUUUGAAACCAGCCCUGUUCAAUUGGAACAUGGUCGAAUUGAGGAGAGGCAAAAGUUCAAAGUCUUGCAAGAUCCUGAAGUCAUGGAAGAGCUCGACCUCAAUGCGUUGUCGGUCGAGGCCCAUCGUGCUCUGAUUCAGACCCCAAACGCUACCACUGCCGGUGUCGCUCACGUCGCCAUCAUCGUCAAAGUGCCUAUUAUAGCCAUCAAAUACCCCAUGCCCAAUGGACAGAUCCGGCGUUUUCAGAUUCGCUUCUCCAAGAACGAAGACUACUAUGAGGCUAUGAAAAUGCUUUCGCGGGCGAAUGUGCCUACCGUUGAAGCCGGCACCUUUCCAGCCCACAAACCACAAGCCGCAGCAAGACCGGUCGCGCCGAACCUGGUAGCUCCCAGCGAUUCCGCUUCUCAAAUUGGUCUGUCAAUGCCCAGUCCGAGGAAAUACGCUGCAAACGAUGACAUGUCUGCUCUCUCGCUGUCUCGGCCAGCAACCUCAGGUCACUCCGCUAUGCCUCCUCCACAGAUGUUUCUGGCGCCUGCACAAUCGGCACAGUAUCCUUUGAAUGUACGGCCACCACCUGAUCGGGACUUGCGCACAGCCCAGGCGCCGGACCUUGGGCCUGCAUAUCCCAAAUCUAAUAUUUCACUCAGCACCGCCACUACUCUUGUCCCCGACAAACAGCAGCUCAGACUCCGUGCUAUGCAAAAUCAAUCAGAGUUUGAAGAUGUCGGAAAUAUACGCAGCCGGCAAUCGACCAGAACGUCUCCUUAUUUCCCCGGACUUGAGACCUCAAGGGGGAACAUCAGCCUAGGUCUUAGAGGAGGGCAGUUAGCAUCGCCGGUCACAAGAUCCGAAGUCAACAAUCACAGCUACUCAUUGCAUGCAGGUGGAACCGGUGGUCCCGUCCUUGAAGAAGGACAAAGUGAUAGUCACCUCAGGGGUGGGGAAGCAGACUCGGUGCUUUCUAAGACCACAACCGCAAAAGGUAGAGCAAAGCGAAGCGCAGCAUCGAACAAGGCCGCAAAGACCCCAGCAGCCAAAAAGCCCCGAACUACCACAACACGUAAACGGACUACAGCACAAAAGGGCCAAGAAGACAAGCGCGUGCCGACCGUUGAUGAAUUGCUUCAACAACCGGGAUACAGCUUGCUGCCGGACACCACGACCGUUGAGUCACGAAGCAUUAUUCCAUGUGUGGAAAAUAAUCUGACCGAACCCGACCAGACAAAGAGCAUGGAAAUUGCCGAAACAGAGGACGACGCAGACCAGGCCCUCGCAGCUCAGGGAAGUCCAUUCCUCGACGGCACAACGACGACCAGGCGCAUGACCCGCUCUGCAUCGCAAGCUCUUUCGCGUGUUCCAUUACAACAAAAUGUCAAGGAGAGCAACGGACUCGUCAAAACAGCUGCCCUUCCACCAUGUACGCCGGCAGACCAGAUCAUCAGCAAUCCUGCAACACCAGCAUCACCAGUCGCUCAGGCCCAUACCACAGCGCCCCCUCAACCGACGACCUCUCUUCCACACCGUCGCGAACCACAAUCUUCAACCCUUCCCGUUCCCGCAACUGACACCUUCCUCCUCGGCCUCCACACCGCACAGCAAUGCCUCUCCGACGAUCCAGCCUUCGACCUCUCCUCGGCCCAAUCUCGCCUUGCCGCGUGGCUCAAGCUCCCCGAGUCAACGCAGACGACGACCCUAAGGGCUUAUUUCUGCGAAUUGAUCAUGACAGAAGGGUUCAGCCAGUUGUGCAAGACCGUGGACAUGUUUUGGGAAGGCGCAAUUCUGGAGGGGAGGAUGACGAUGAUGAUGAUGAUGAUGAUGAUGACGACGAGGCCGAACACCUCGGAUCCUGGUUCGACGAAUCAACGCGGUGAAGAAGAGGGGGUAGAAGUUACAAAAGUCCGUGGACGGGAGGGAGAAUGA